GAAAAACAAUUAUCAAGUAGUUUUUGAUAAAUUUUUAAUAAUAGCAAUGGGAAUUAGGAAUGAUCAUGGGUAGAGUUUCUCCAUUUAGGCGUAAUAAUUUAUUAUCAUCUAUCAAUUGCUAACGGUCAUCAAAAAACAAGGAAGAAAAAUCUAUGAAAAAGACCGACAAACGGUGCGCACUCGUUGAAAAUUUUCUAAUGCAUAUGGAUAUGAUAUUUCCACCAAAAAAAUUCCAAAAUUUCAACAAACGGUGCUUACUAAUCAGUAAUUACUAAAUGAAUCUUAUAUGAACUGCUAAUUUUUUUAUUAUUAUUUUUCAAUCAAAAUUCCUAAUUUUCUCACCAUUAUCUUACCCAUUAGCCCACAGAAUAUCUCCCCUAAUUUUUUCUUCUGAUGUUCAACGGAGCUCAUCGAUUUUAUUAUGAAAAGUUACAAUUUUAUCCACAAUUAGUUCAAUCUAGGGUUUCCGAUUUGAAUUUUGCGCUCCAUCGAAGUAUAAAGUAAUUUCUCAAGUGACGUUGAAAAUUUGGCUUUGAUAUGUUAUCUUAUCCUUUUCCAUUUCCCCAAUUUUCUCCCCAAGAAUUUUGAAAUUUCGUGCAACUUCUGAAAUUUCAAUGCUUUCUGUGAAUGUUCAUCUGCCAUGUUGCUCUUCAUUUCAGCAUUUCGAACCAGAUUGUCAUCUUCUCUUGUCAAUUUGAAUCCUCAGGAUCAUCAAAGUGGUUGGCUAUCCAAGUACUCUGUAACUGUGGUAGUUGGUGUUGCAGUUGCUACUUUUAUCUGGAGACAAGCCUGGAUAAGAUCUCACAGCAGGACAGAUCAUCACCAGGGCCAUGAUUCAGACGAGGUCAGCUCAUCUGUGGAAGCAAGUACCAAUGAAAACAUUGAGUUGCAGUGUUUCUGUGGGCUUCCUGCCAAAUUAAGGAUAUCAAAAACUAUGAGGAACCCCUAUAGAUUAUUCUAUAACUGCCCCAAAAAUGUUUUUCAUCAUCAAUGUCAAUGUUUCCAUUGGUCUGAUGAAAUAUCAACUAGUGUAGAAAGAAGUAGAAGAGAAAUCAAUUUUCUAAGGAAUGAGUGUAUUCGGUUGCAUAAGCGAAUAUCAUAUGUUCAAUCUCGACGAGAAAACGAUAGAGCUUUUUGGGAGCACGAAAGAUCGGAGCUAAGAUCAAAGGUAUCAUCUAUUCAAACAGAGUUAGAUGAUAUCAAGCUAAGUGUUCAACAUUUAUACGAGUUAGAUAAUAUGCCGCCUGUUUAUGAUUAUGCCAUGAAUGAGGAAAAUGAUGGAGUAAUAGAUAUAGAAAUUUUGUAGAAUAUAGGAACUAGGGAGAGCUCCAAAAACAGAAGUACAUGUAUAUAAUUGGAAGAGGUAGACGUGGAUGUGGGCCGAUCCCACCUAUCUUGGGUAUUACAAGCCCGUAGUCCAUGAAAAUCACAAAUUCUUAUUUGAGACCGUCUUUUGUAAAGGCGGCUUUUAAAAGCCCAGUCCAAAUCUAUUUUAUGUUAAUUUAAAAAAAAACUGCUACUGAAAUCAAAGCGAACGUGUUAGGGUUAUAACAUUAUUUGUUUGGAGUUAUAACAUAAUACAUUAUUUGGUGUUUUGCAUAUAUUUGGGGUUAUAACUUUAAAUAUAUUAUGUUAUAAUCCCAAAUAAAUUAUGUUAUAACACCAAAAUGUUAUAACGCCAAAUAAAUAUUAUUAUAACUCCAAAUAUAUUACGUAACUUUUCACAUUCUACUUGACACGCGCGCUUUGAUUUCAGCAACAGUUUUUUUUUUAAAUUAAUAUAAAUUAGAUUUGGGCUGAAUUUUUAAGAGCCGUCUUUAUAAAAGAUUUCUCUCAAGAGAGCACCUGCAUGAAAAUAGGUCAAAUUUAACGAAGGGGAUUACUGGUUCAGUUAGGAUGACACUGAUGUGCUCCCUUAGUCAAAAUAGACAACGCAGUAAGUGGUUUAUGUUGCAUGAAUUGUCGCAGUAAGUGGUUUAUGUUGCAUGAAUUGUCGCUCUUUUUGUAUCUUGAAUAGUCGGAAGAAUGUUUGUAAUUUAAUCUCUCCUGUUUUAACCUAAUGCUCCCUGACCUCUUCUUUUUGAGGUUAUUACAUUUCUGUUCUUCAUUCUAUUUAAUAGACAUUUUA